GUUUAUGGAUCCGGGAUGGAGAAAUCUAUCGCGGUCUGUCACAGCGCUCGCGAUCAGGGAGUGAAUCCCGGCGUGGGAGCCGUCCUGGCAGCGAUCAAGGCAUGCAAGCGCUCCAGGGACCUGGAAUCAGGUAGGAUGAUCCACAGGGACGCGGCCAAGAACGGGGAUUUGGACGCGCACCCGGCCAUCGCGAGCUCGCUGAUCGAUAUGUACGCGAAAUGCGGCAGCGGGAUGGAGGCUCGCGGCGUCUUCGAGAGCAUCCGGCAGCGCGACGUGGUUUCUUGGAACUGCAUCAUCCAGGGACUGGCGCUCAAUGGCGAUGGUGAUGCCGCGCUGGGAUAUUUCGAUCGGUUUUUCCAGGAAGGGGGAGGCAGUGAUUUGUCGUGCCGUCCGGAUCAUGUCACAUUUCUUGCGGCGCUCAAGGCUUGCUCGAGCUUGAUCGAGCGAUCCAGGGGCCGUGGUGUCGACUCCAGAGCUAGAUUCUUGGCUAGAAUCCGGGACAUCCACGCUCGGGCUGCCAGAUUCGGGGAACUCUCAGAAAUAUUUCUGGCCAGUUCUUUGACGGAUUCUUACGCCAAGUGUGGGAGCUUGGUGGACGCCCAGCUCGUCUUCGAGAGCAUGGAUUCCAGGAAUGCAGUCUCUUGGACUGCGGUGAUCUUGGGAUUUGCCGAGACCGGGCAAGCAGACUUGGCGCUGGAGUUCUACGCUGCCAUGCAAGAAGAAGGCUGCGAUCCCGACCGGGUCACGGUUCUCGCAGCGUUAAAAGCUUGCGCUUCUUUGGGAGAAUCAAGUGAGCAGUGGAGGAGUUCUCUCGGUGGUUGUCUAAGAAGAGGCAAACAAGUGCAUGGUCAAGCACUAAAAGGUGGCUACGAGCUGGAAAAAUUCGUGGGAAACGCCUUGGUGGACAUGUACUCGAAGUGUGGAAGUAUGGAGGAUGCAAGGCGGGUGUUCGACGCUUUGAGGAAACCAAGCGUGGUUUCGUGGAGCUCGUUGAUUCUGGGCUACGCACGGUGCGGGCAAGGCGAGCUCAGUUUGGAUUUAUACUCGAGAAUGCGAGGUGACGGAUACGUGCCAAAUGCCGUGACUUAUCUAGCUGCGCUCAAGGCUUGCGUGAGCUUGGCCGAGAGAGCAAGUGGUGAUGGUGGUGACAGUAGCAAGCCGGUUCAUGGGCGAGAGUCCGAGGACAAGGUGCUCAAGAGGAAGUGGCUCGAGAUUGGUAGAGGUAUUCACUCGCAAGCUGCCGCAGAUGGUCUCGGACGGGACCUCUUCGUGUCAAAUGCUCUCGUCGACAUGUACGCGAAGUGUGGGAGUGUGGAGGAAGCACGACGUGUUUUUGACGGCAUGACGGAUCGUGAUUCGGUCUCGUGGACAGCGAUUAUUCAGAGCUACGUCCAGGUCGGGGAAAGCGAGCAGGCUCUACGACUUUUUACACGCAUGAGAGGAGACGGGUUUGUAGCGGACGCGGUGACAUUCGUGGCUGCUCUUAAGGCCUGCGCAAGCUUGGGAGCGUUAGAGAAAGGAAGAGAGAUUUAUAAGGAGCUUCAGCGAGCUGGAUUGGACAGGAACACCUUCGUCUGGACUUGUCUCAUCGAUUUUUUCGGCAAGUGCGGGAACAUGGUCGAAGCUGAGCAGGUUACAGCUCUCAAGGAGACACCGACAGCGUGCUUGAUUUGUUCGAGAGGAUGAAGAAGCUGCGGUUGCAGCCGGACGACGUGAUCUUCCUCUCGAUUCUGAGCGCUUGCAGCCAUGCCGGACUUAUCGACAAAGGGAAGUAUUUCUUCACAGUCAUGAGCUCGGAGUAUGGGGUUUCUCCAUGCAUCCAGCACUACUCGUGCAUGGUUGAUCUCUACGGUCGUACUAAUCAGUUGAAUGAUGCAGUGGCAUUGGUGAGGAGCAUGCCAUUCGAACCAAAUCAUGUAAUAUGGACGUGUUUGCUGGAUGCUUCUCAACGGUGGAAGAAUGUGGAAGUCGGACAGCUUGCCUUCGAGUCCAUGUUGAAGCUUGCACUUCGAAUUAGAACUAUGUGCAGCGAUUCCAUUACACAAAUGCACGAAUCACGACUAUUAUCGACAUAAGUCAUCCAGAGAUAAUCGAGAUCCACGAUUUGAAACAAGAGAGUAAAUCUAGAGUCACCACACCCGACAAUGGCAUUAUGUUGGCCACCACCACCGUAGCAAGCCUCGUGAGUUUUCUCAAAUCCUGCGUACAUACAAUGCAAUCAAAACAACUUGAAAGUAGACGGUCUCACCAUAUUUUCCUGGCUCUCGAAGCACGUCAUACAGGAACUUAUAGCGGUCGGCUAUGAAGACGGUAGCUCCUUUGGUAAUCGCCUCCGAUUUAAACAGCGCUUUCUCCAGCUUAGCACCACUUUUCACGGUAUUCUGGUUGAAUGAGCCAAUUCACCAUAGGUCUCAUGUUCUCAUUUUUGAAAGACAGAACAUAUGAUCUUGAAAGAUGGUGGAUGAUUUCGUCUAUUGUUGCAGAGUUCGUCCUUAUGAGACGAUUGUAGUCAUUCCCACCGCCCCCGACAACGACCAAGCUCUUCUCAAGCUCUAUACCAGAGCAGUUUUUUCUGUAAGAAUCGAACCACGCAGUUUCAUUGUCAAACGAUCCUGGCACGAGAGUGGGUACCCCCCUUUGGUGGAAGUAAUCCAGGCCUAACACCGUUCUUCCAACGAAGGCAAAGUUCGUCCCGCAAGAACAGCCAUGAUAAGGAAUUAUCGGUGUGCUACUUACCUAUGAAAUCCACCAGUACGCCACCGUUGGUGAAUCGGCCUGUGGGACACCCGGGAUUCGUGACACCAUACGGACUGGGUGGCGUGCCCGGGAUCGUGGAUGCAAAGUUCCCAGUGUCGUCCAGGGAGUCUCCGAGAACGUACAUUGCUUUGAAGCACCUAGAUAUCUGUGCGGAGGAGCCAUUUGAGACGCGUAGCGGUAUACAAGAAAGCGAAAUAGACGCCCCUGAGGUUAGAUUUCAAGCACUUUUCUGCUGAUUUUUAUAUUGUUGCGAUGCUCAUGCCUGCGGCAUGUUUAUAUCAUCCGGGGGAAGUUCCAAAUGCGUGGAACAUAAUGGUGCCAAAUCGAAUGAUCAUUCCGAAGGUAUUGUUAAACCGAAUUAUCCGAAAAACACAAGUCCACACAAAGCUUUAAAAGAUUUCACAUCACAUACAGAUUUAUACAAAUGGUAGACGCUUUCAAGCGUUGUACUGUGGUCUAGGGGAAGAAUCCCAAGACCCAUUCGGAUUGUUCAACGCCAGCUGCAAGUUCUUCACACCUUUGUCGUAGUUGACAAACCCCAUGAACCAAAACUCAUGGUUGUCAACGGUGGAGAGCUGGAUAUACUUCUCCAUGGGUUUCUGUGGAUUGGUCGAGGGAUUGACACUCCUCAGCUUGUCCAGAGGCAUCACCAGCUGCAAAAUGGACAGAGAUAAGAAAUGAAAGAUCUAAACGAAAGAAAACCAGGGAAAA